AAGAUGCUGUGUCCUGCGUGGUUAUUGGCUGUGGCCGUGGUGGGCGUGGUCAGAGGGGUGAAAGGUCAGUGCUGGGAGAACCCUCACUGUUAUGACCUCAGCUCUGAAAACAACAUCUUGGAGUGUAUCCAGCUCUGUCGUUCUGACCUCACCGCCAAAUCUCCCAUCUUCCCCGUCAAGGAGCAUCUCCAACCCCUGUCCCCCUCUGACUCUGACUCUCCUCCCCCCUACUUACCUCUGUCGCUCCUCUCCCCAUCCUCCCCCCUGUACCCCUCGGAGCAGCAGAACAGCGCCCCCCCACAGGCUAAGCGUUCCUACUCCAUGGAACACUUCCGCUGGGGGAAGCCUGUGGGCCGUAAGCGCAGGCCGGUGAAGGUCUACACCAACGGUGUGGAGGAGGAGUCCUCCGAGGCGUUUCCCAGCGAGAUGAGACGAGAGCUGGGCACCGACGAUGGCAUGUACCCCUCCCUGGAGGCUGGGACUGAGGAGGGGGGCGAGGCAGAGGGCCUGGGGGGGGUGUUUAGUCUUCAGGAGAAGAAAGACGGCUCGUAUAAGAUGAACCACUUCCGCUGGAGCGGACCGCCCGCCAGUAAGCGCUAUGGAGGGUUCAUGAAAAGCUGGGACGAGCGCAGUCAGAAACCACUGCUCACACUGUUCAAAAACGUCAUUAUCAAAGACGGACAGCAGAAGAGAGAGCAGUGA